GUGCAAAUAGAGAUAACGGGGCGCUGACUGAGGCUAAAUCUUUUUAUACUGACAUGUUAGUGCAAUGACUUUUGCGUAAUAGUAAACCUGGGACUACGAUCCCAGCGAAAAGACAGGGUCUGUGGGGACAGAACAAUAAUACCAGUCUACUUUGGAAUAAGGAGCGCAAGACGGCUAAUUCAGUUGGCUAAACUUUUUUAAGCGAGACAGCGAAGCUGAGUUAUCUAAAACACAACGGUGGAAGAGCAAGUUUAUCCUUUUAAAGAUGAGCUUGUUGUCUGCCAUUGACACCAGCGCCUCAGUGUAUCAGCCUGCUCAGCUUCUAAACUGGGUUUAUCUGUCUCUACAAGACACCCACCAGACCAGUGCCUUUGAUGCCUUCAGACCCGAACCCAACUCUUCCCAUCCGGACCUUAACUACACCAAGCCUCCCGCGGCCGCUGACUUGAGCUCGUCCCUAAAUUCCAACUAUCUCAACAACUUCUUUCAGCUCCAGAGGAAUGAGGCCUUGAAUAGCAACCUGUACAAAAACGUCUCUCCCUACGGAUCCCUAAACAACAUUGUGGAUGGGCUGAACUCCCUGACGGACCACUUCUCUGACCUCUCCCUCUCCUCUGAGCCACGCAAGCCCAGCAAACGACCGCCGCCAAACUACCUGUGCCACCUCUGUUUCAACAAGGGACACUACAUCAAAGACUGCCCCCAGAUUUUCCUAUUACAGGCCCGGCCUAAGGGUGAAGGACUGACUCCGUAUCAGGGAAAGAAGCGCUGCUUUGGAGAGUACAAGUGCCCCAAGUGCAAGAGGAAGUGGAUGAGCGGGAACUCGUGGGCCAACAUGGGACAGGAGUGCAUCAAGUGCCACAUCAACGUUUACCCUCACAAGCAGCGACCUCUUGAGAAACCUGAUGGCCUGGACGUGUCGGACCAGAGCAAGGAGCACCCCCAGCACCUGUGCGAGAAAUGUAAAGUCCUAGGCUACUACUGCCGACGUGUGCAAUAACCCUCCCAGUCGUCCACCAGGCUAUCUAACCACCAUGCACCCUCCCCACCCCACCCCACCCCACCCACUUAUGUCCAGGUUUUGGCCUCCUCCUCCUCCUCCUCCUCCUCAAAGUGCUCUUAGCCGAAGUGAAAUGUGCCAAAAUAUGCCUUUAUUCUGUCCAAUGCCACCAUGGCUUUCAAACAGCGUUCAUUGUAUCCAAAUUUGUGUUUAACACAAGUAUUUUUAAGAGGUAUUUUUGUUUUACAUGUUAUCACUGACAGUAUUGCUUCCCUACGUGGGACACAGCGGAUUACCUCACCGCUAGGUCUGUGUUUUGUCGAUUAUUUUUUUUAUUGUGUUUACAGAGAUCUGUGUUUGUCGUCCCUGCCUAAGUGAAUGAUGUAGGAUGUGCUGAGGAUCACUAAGUUUGUGAUAUUUGGUCAAAUCCGCAAGACAAUUUGUUGUCUUGUGUUGUUUUUUUUUUUUUUUAGCUCUUUGGGUCUACAGCACAUCAAUAUUAACUGUGAAUUAACAGAGGGAUAAUGGACUGUUCAUCCCUGGCUUCUUGUGUUGCAUAUUUAUUUUGUGUUAUGUUUGUGACAGUGCAAUUGAAUCAGUCUAAGUGGGAUACACACACGCAUACACAUGCACGUGCACAGACAGACACAGACAGACAGACAGACAGACAGACAGACAGACAGACAGACAGACAGACAGACAGACAGACAGACAGACACACACACACACACACACACACACACACACUUCCAAUUGCAAUUAGAAACUACUGUAGAAUAGGAUUGUCUCGUUUCAUUGGAGCUGUCAGGUAGGUCCCUUUAUGAUUGAUUUACAGUAUAGGGUUUGAUGUGUUUAUAGACACUACAUACCUUAUUCUUUUACUUUCGAAACAAUCAUAUUGUUCACUUUCAUUUACUUGCUUACCGAAGGCUUAUGAAUAAUCUUAAUCGUGACAGAAGCUUCUGUGCAAUACCUAAAAACCAUUUAUGCAUCGAUUACUGCGGAGAGAGAACGGAAAUUAUAAUUCCAUUCUGAGUCCAAUGUUUACCAUGGUUAGCAAAGGUCUGUGUUCACUAAUGCCACAACACUCUUGCCUUACGGAAACACUUUUAGAGUAUAUAUUAUACGACCAAGUUUAUUUAAUCCUCACAAAUAUGUAUAUAUGUUUUAUUAGGAGGAAAGGUUCUGUCUGAGAAUAGUUGAAAGCGUACCCCACCAGGCUAGAACAUUUUGAGAUGGAAAUGAACUAAUUUCAUUCAUAUUUCCCAUAUAUGAACUCUAAGCUGUGUGAUGAACUUGAAUACCAUAUAGUCUCGGCAUACUGCAUAGUAUACUAAGUAGUCUAGUGGUAUCACCAAAACGACGACUAUGACUAAAAUAGCAAAUAAAAACACCCCAGAACUACUCCCUGUUAGCUAUUUUGUGCACAUCUUUUGUGCAAACAACCAUUUGCUUUUCUAUUAAACACACAAGUAUUAAAAGUGGCAGUUCGGCCAUUGGUCCUUCCAAAACUGGGCAGACACACGUCAUGGAAGGCCUACACAUGUACAUACUGUAGUGCAUUUCAGUGGCCUACAUACAGUACAUUUGGAGGUGUAAACUCAACACUUUGAGGGUAGUAGCAACACCCUGAGUGUUAAAAUCUGUACACUGUACAGUGCAAAAAAUCACUCUAUAUGACUUAUACAACAGGGUGUGCAAAGCAAGAAGCGAACAACAGUAGGCUAUUCACAACAUAUAUAUAGUAUGCGCUGAGGAACUGAAUCAUAGUUGUAGGAUAUUAUGUGCAUUUAUUCCAGGUAGUUGUAGAAGAAUUUUAGAUACACACAGAAGAGUUAGGGAAAUGUAAUCAUUCUUUUAUAUGUUGUGUGUUGUUUUCAAGAAUAGAAAGAAAAGAAAAGGCUAUGUGUUGAGAUAGACAUGUCAAGAGGUGAAGAUGUGGAAAUUGUAGAGUCAAAAGGAAAGAUUUGUUUUUUUUAAUUGACAAAGUGGACAUUUUGAAAGUGUCUUUACAGGUGGAAAACAGGAUGUUGUAAUGUAAUGAGAUAGAUGUGAAAAGUAAAGGGAUCUGAGUAUGGGAGACUAGCCUUGUUGUGAUGAAAACAGUUUCCUUGGUGAUGCCUCAAAACUGAGCAUGAAGUAGGCUGGGGCCAGGCAAGAGGAAGACCACUGAAAAUGGCAAUGCUGAUUGUAGUUUAAAGACACGUUGUGAAAUGUCAUUCAACGUUAUCAUGUAUAGAUUACAUCAUAUAUUUUUCGAAAGCUUUUUGUUUUGUUUUGUUGAAAAGGCGUGAUAGUACAACAGAGUGAUUUCUCUUUAAAUAGAUAAAUAUGAACUGAGGCACAUUUGGUUGGAAAUAGAGUGUUUGUAACAACUUCUUUGCCAAUCACGAGUUUUGUGCCGUCAAAACAUUUAGUCACUGAAGUAAAAUCAGCUUGCAGUAUCAAACAGAAUAUAUAUAUAUAUCUGGGACAUAAAUGCAUUAAUUUUGAUUAAUUAAUCACACAAAAAUUAACGCGAUUAAAAAAAAAUAACUCAUUUUAAUCGCACUAUAAUAUAGCUACAUAGUUCUGGAUUAAUUCGCUGAACAUUUUUUUAAUCGAGUCCCAGCCCUAAUAUAUAUAUAUAUAGUGUAUAUGAAGGGAAACAUUUUGCGCGUCAUAUUGAUAAUUUUUAAGUGUUAAAAGGCGGUUGGUGAAGUCAAGUGUAAGGCAAGUUAAGAUGCGAGUUCAAAUGGGGUGAGAAUGUAACAAUCCUAGCAGCACUGAAAGUGUAAACGUAUUCCCCUCCUUUUCAAGAGAGAAAAGUCUUUCUUGUGGCAAAUCGCACAGUAGUCUGCCAUCUGAAUUGGCUAAAGAGAUGCUAUUUGAAACUCUUAAAUGAUGAAGUCAAGUGUCUUUACAAGGCUGAUGUCAAUGAAUCUGUUCAUGUGAUUAUUUUUCCUACAGUACUGUAUGUGCUUUAAGCUUUAAGUUUGUGAUGACUGACCCUUAGUUUGAAAGCAGCUGAGAGAGACUAGUUGAACUAUCUAUGGUAAUAUGGCCUCACUAAGGCCGGUAGGAGUGGUACAGUACAUUUGUGGUAUGCUAUAGCCAUCAGGCAUGGAGUUUUACAGACAAAGUUCAGCCGUGCAUGUUAUAGUGCUUAGAUGAUGGUCCAACUACAUGUGACUUUUUUGUAUUGCUCAUCAGUAUUGAAACACUGCCUUUCUACUAAAACGAUUAGCAUUUUGUUUUCAAUCAUCUGGUAUGUUUCACAGAUACUUCAGUAUUUUAAAUUCUGCCCCAUCUGAGAUGUCAGGUGGUCAGAGGUGAGGAUGAUGCUACCAUCCAUCUGAUGAAAUGGCAGGGAUUAAUAGUAUGCCAUGAUGUGCCUCAUGUGUACGCACUUUGCUCGAAUGCUAUGGGUUUUAGCCCAGACAAGAAAUUAUUGGCAUGCGCUACAAAUGACAUAUGCCAGGAUAAUUGACUAUUAAAACGACACAUACAAUACCCCUGAGUCAUCAGUUUACACUGAAAAUCAAUUUUAACGACCCUUAAGUAAAAAAAAAAAAGUUUAUGUUUUUCACGCAAGCAUGUUUUGCAUUUAGAGAAGAAAAGGGUUGACAGACAACUUAACAAGCCUGCAAUUUAUCCCCUUUUGUUUCUAAUCAUUUGCAGCACUGAGUAGUUGUUGAGAAUGCAGCCAAGACAGGCCUCGGUCUGUGUUUUUGGGAUCAAUCGUAAAUCUUCACAAAAGAAGUCCACAUACAACCUAGUGUUUGGACUUGGACGUUAAGCCACCAAUAGUCGGAGCUGCUUUACACUUAUCUCAGUCACCGGGAGCUUCAUUGGGGUUGUUUGUAUAGUAGGGUAUUUUUUUUCUGUGAACUCAGCUAGAGCUAGCUGGCUGGUAAUGAGAGACAAGAACUGUGGCUUUAGCAUCUAUAGCAGCUAGCAUCCGCCCCCCUCAUCCCACCCUGUGUUUUGGGGAACAGAUUGCGACAGUCAUGUAACUGUGCAUCUAAAGAAAGGCUUGGGGCAAAGUAGACUCAUAAUAUGGUCUGAUUGGAGUGAUUCGUGUAAUGAUUUAUACUUUAUUUUUUUUUGGAAUAAGGGUCUUCUUAGGUCCAAGGUGUUCUGUCAGGGAUGAGAUUAACUUUGCCCAGAAGCUCUUUUUUUAUUUUAGAAUGUCGAUCUUCAUCACACAGAAACUGGGUGAACUUAACGAGGCGAUGCAUAGGAGUUUUGUUUGAAAUCUCAAUGUAAUUAGAGAUACUAUAGAGUACAAUUGAAGUAACGAAGGAUAAUAUGGUAUAGCACAUGCAUAAAAUACAAAAUAUCCAAGUGCUUUUGCGAAUGUUUGUCUUGAAUUACAUACUUCUUACUUGACUUUUAUAGCUCAUUUACAGUACAGAAUUAUUUUCUAUGAAAGAUAUGUGUAUUUUGGAAACAUUUAUAGAUGUUAUAAAAUUCUACAGCAAAUUUGAAAACAAAUACAAGAGUUUUUUUUCCCUGAUAAGGAUAUUUUACGGUGUUUAUGUUGUGUAUAUAUUCGAUAGCCAUCUUUUUUUUCAAGCAUUGUAUGUGUACUGAAAUGUAAUGAUGCAAUACUGAAGCUUUCUAUGUAAAAAGGGCCUGACGUUGAGAAACAAACCAAGCUGGGAGUUCUCCUUUAAUGUUUUACAGUAAUCUGAGGGCUUAUCCUACAGAAAUAUUUAUGGAAGGAUUUUUUUUUACCAUUCUGUUUGUUUAUAAUAUAUGCAACAAAGCUACACUAAGAAGAAAAUAUUGAUGUCUAUUUAGAUUAUUAUUAAAUGGUUGGUACAUAGUUAUUAUGCCCUUUCUCUACUAUAAGCCAUUUUGUUUUUCCCCCUUUCUUUUUAUGAUAGAGGUGUUAUCAGUAUUAAAGAAUUAAUCACAAUUAUCCUUCCAUAUUAUUACCUUUUCUGAUACCAUACGUUUUGGGGAACGAAAAUGACCAUUUCAUGAAAGAUUGAGGGAAAUGUAAAGAAUAUAUUAUAUAUUUCUUUUUUUUUGUCUUUAUCAGAAGCUUUUAAAAAAACGUUAACUCCAGUGUUUUUCUUUUUUCUUCAGCAAAAUGAACUCGUAGGUAAAUAUUGGUGUUAACUGAUCCUCGCCACUGUACAGUGCACUACUAAAAAGUCAAAGCUGAAUCAAAAAGAAAGAGUGUAUUUUAGCCGAUGUAGUGUGUGCGACAAAGACCGGUUGUAGAGUUUGCAUGUGCAUGUGUAUUACCUGAAUGAAGCAAAAAAGAAAAGAAUCACUAUGUGCAAUGUAUUAUUACACUAUUUAAUAUUAGUUUGUUCAAAUAACUGGCAAACGUUUGUGUUAGAGUACACCUUACUAAUAACCUGAUUGUUACUAGUCAACAACUGCAUUACUCACUAUAGCAGUAUGCCAGUUUUUUAAACGUAUUUACUGAAUGUACUGUGUUGGGUUCACUUUGAAACUUGUUUAUGUCCAUGAAGUCUGUAACAUAUUUGAAGAUCAUUGUAAUGCUCUAAUUAGAUUGGACAACGAGACUCAGAGGAGAGAUGGAAAACAAGUUCUAACAGGAAAGUUUUCGGUGAA